GUUCGAGAGGAGGAAAAAGAUCCUGUCUACUUGUACUUUGAAAGCUUGAUGACUUGUGCACGGGUCCGGCCAUAUGAACACAGGAGAGGGGAGCAAAGGCAAGAAAAAGACAAAAGUGAUUCACAGAGUUCUAGCGUCAGGGUAAGAAGUUAUACUGUAACUAGCACGUGUCAUACAACAGGCAGAAAUUCUGAAAACCUUGAAGAACAUGAACCAGAGCUUCAGUCUUCUGAGAAAGCAACCUGUGAGGUAGACAAAGACACUGAUAAGUCAAAAGAGAAAAGCUGGUGGUCUUCCCAUAGUGAGGGGGACUCUUCUUCCACCUCCUAUGCUCAUCACACCACUCCAGGUGGACCAACCAAACUUGUUGAGAUUAUCUCUGACUGCAGCUUGGAGGAAGAUCAGAAUAGGAUCUUGACCAUGUUAUCACAGCACAACAACAGUAACACGCCACGGUGCCUCAAGGAUGAACACGAGGCCCAGGAUGAGAACCACCCUCCUGUCUGCUCCUCCAGAGUGGCAGUUUCAGUGCCGUCCUGCCAGGAGGAGGCCGAGGACGAGACGCCUGAGACACCUGGCUUGGAGGCUCCUGGUGGCGGAGUGCCGUCCUGCAGAACCCCCGAAAAUGUAACGCUCUUGCGGGCAGGCGCAGUGGCCGAGCUGCAGGAGAAGCUGCAUGGGGGCAGGGGCUUGCCUUUCUAUGCAGGGCUUUUAGGAAUGCUGGUCGUCUACAGACGCAAAGAUGAUAGGAGACACUCAGGCUUGAUUCAGGUUAAUGAUAAAAGCUAUCCUCAGGCCAAACUGCUUUUGGGACAGAUGGGGGCAUUACAUCCUGCCAGUCGGCUAGCAGCUUAUAUCACAGGCAGGCUGCAACCCACAGUACUUGAUACCUCAACCCUCAGUACUGUGAUCACCAAGGUAGCAUCCAAUGCUAAUGCAUCUGCUUCUGGGACACCAUCAGUCCAGGUGCCCACAACAUCAACUCCCAAAACUACAUCUUCCACCAGCACUACUUCAACCCCCACUGUGACGACUCUGAAAAUCCAUGUCCCAGCACAGAGACAGAUAGCUGCCCGACCCUCACCCGGUGGCGUGUUCGCACAGUUUGUGUUCAACAGUGCGGGAAACCUGCGGCAGAUUCCUCUGAAGAGCACGUGCCUGCCUUCAUCAUCAGAGCCACAGAAGCUGGGUGUCAAGCCUACGCCAGUAAUGGUGGUCGUUCCCCCCCGGCCACCCCCAGCUCAGUGCACAGUCUCUCCUGGAGUCACUACAGCCACCACUGCUUCUCCAGUUCCUGUGGAAAGUACCAGUGUGGCAGCACUUGUCGUGGCCACUCCUAGCCAAACAGCUAAUGAACCUGCCUGUUCUCCUGCAGUCACAGUCACAGUGGCUCCUGCAACAGCUACAGUCAACACCUGUCCUGCUCCCUUGUCCACCACUGUGAACAUCACAGCAGCCACAGGGGUUGUUGCACCAGUGGCGACCGUGUCAUUCCCUCAAACUGUGAUAACGCCACCAACCGUUACUUGUCCUGUUGUCACAACAUCCACUUCUACAGUUGUACUGACAACAGCUGCAACAGCUACAGUGGCUACAGCUGUGGUGACCACACCAACUUCCUCUGCCAGCUCUGUUCCAGUUCUGCUGCCCGGAGUUAAUUCAGGUCCUUCACUGAAUCCAAAAAGAGAAGAUGCUAUUCCACAAGCUAUAAAUAAGACUUCUCCUCAGAAGAUGUCUCCUGGAACAGAGAAGCGUUUGGGACCCCGAUUGCUGCUGAUCCCAGUGCACCAGACGUCUCCCGCCCUGCGGCUGCUGAACAACACGCCGCAGACCCCGAAGCAGAGGAUGGUCCUGCAGCCCCUCAGGAGCCCUGGUGCAGUGAACCUCUUCCGACACCCCAGCGGGCAGAUCAUCCAGCUUGUCCCCCUGCAGCAGUACCGAGCUCCAGGCGCCCAGCCCAGCGUGCCGCCCGUGGCGCUCCGCAACCCCGGGCCUGUUGUAGGAGUCCGGCUGCCUGCACCUUCGAAGCCUUCCGAGGCGCCUGUGUCUCCUGCUUCCUCUGUGUCUUCCACUCCUCCUGCCACAAAUUCAACUGCACAAACUGCAGUACCCAAGUUGUCCCCUACAUCUGCUGUAACCACUCAAACAUCUUCUCUUCUUCCUUCAGUGACAAAUUUGGUGUCACAGGCUGGCACUCUGACUCUGAGGAUCUCUCCUCCUGCUGCUAGCAGCGUGACAAGUCAACCAACCUCUGAGUCUAAAAUAACCUGCAGCUCAGGUGCUCUGCCAGCUACUGCUGCUAAUCUCAUACCUUUACAGUCUGGGAGUUUUGCUUUACUGCAGCUCCCGGGACAGAAGACUGUACCAAACUCCAUUCUUAACCAUUUUGCAUCUCUUCAGAGGAAGAAAGAUUACAGGAAAAUCUGCAAGAAAGAGGACUCGGGUGCUGCUCAGCAGAAGGAGGAUGGGAAAGCUUCCCACUCAGAUGACGUUGAAGUUGCAGAGCCUGAGGUCACAGUGUCAGAUAGGAAACAAGAGGAAAACGAGUUGUCAGUUCAGCAGUCAAAUGAUGUUGAAGAGUCAGCAUCUGACAUGAUCACACCUGUUAGAAAUUCCACCCCAUUGGAGAUGGUGGAGAAGGACUCAAAGGUGCUAGAGAACUCUUGUGGUGAGAGCUCUUCUCAGCAGGAUGUUUCAGUAGAUGUCGUGUCAUCUGACCAUUCGUACAUCAGUGAGAAGCCUAAUGAUGAGCAACAAAAAGAAGCUUCAGAGGAGAAAGAGGGUUCUGUCAGUUCUGAAACUCUACCAGAGGCUGUUUCAGCUAACUCUGAAACUGUUUGUGGAUCAUCAGCUCAGUCUCUAGUUGCUCCGAUGGGUAAUGGACAGUCACAGGGUCUUGAGAGUCAGGAGAGUGUGCAGUUGAAGAACCACGGAAAGGAACAAAUACAUCCUGUGCAGGAGGAGAAACCAGUAAAAGAGGAGGAGGAGGAUGUGCAGACACAGAUGAAAGAGGACAACAACACAAGUUCUGGGCAGUCACAGAGUCAAAAAGAACAAGAUCUGCAGCCAGAGAAGAAGGAGGAGCAGAGAGGGACUGAACUGUCCCAGAACAAACAAGAGUGCCAGCAUGAUGGCGUGCAGUCAGAUGUGGAGAGCAAGGACAAGGGCUCUGCAGAAGCAGAAAGCAUAAGAGAGAGGAAAGGAAGCCAGUGUGAAAAGAGUUCUGCAGAAGAGCAGGAUAAUGCUUCAGGAGAGCACACUGUCAAUGCUGAGGAAAGCAAAGCAAACGUCGCUAGGCAGGAAGGCAGUGACAACAAAGAGCAAAAGGCUUUUCAAUCUCAGGAAGAAAUGAAAAUGGGUGAUGAUAUUGUAACACAUGUCAACAGUUCUUGGAGCAAAAUAUCCAGCAUCAUACCCGCUUUGGAAAAUAAAAGCGAGGUGGAGAACAAAGCUGAUACAGCUGAGAAAAGCAAGUCAGCAACACCAGAUGAGAGGGUGCAGGAACACAGGUAUCACAAAAAGGGUUACCUGCCCACUGUUGAUGUAACUGCUGAUGAUACAGAAGAAGAUGAUGAUGAUGACGACGAUGAUGAUGAUGAAGAGGAUGAAAAAACUGACGAUUCUGCUGAUGAGAUGCUGGAUGGUACUUCAGACUUCCCAAGUGAAGAGGAAAUAGAUGUUGAAAAAGUGGAUGCGUGUGAAUACAGUGAGGAUGACGAGCAGGUGGACAUUGAGACCGUGGAGGAGCUUUCAGAGAAGAUUAACAUUGCCCGUCUGAAGGCCACAGCUGCUAAUCCCCAACCUUCCAAAAAGAAAUGCCAUGCUCGUAGUUCCUCGGAUGAAAAGUUAUCAGAAAAGCGUACAAAGCAGAAGCGGCAGUUCCGGAACAGGAGGCAGAAGACUGAAGCCGAAGCUUUUGCUCAUUACCGCCUGACCCACACGGCAAACGAGCGCCGGCGCCGGAACGAGAUGAGGGUUCUCUUCGAGCUGCUGAAGAGAGUUCUGGGGUUACACACCCUUCCCAAGGUCUCCAAGUCCUACAUUCUCAAGCAAGCCUAUGAAGAAAUCCAAGGAUUGACUGAUCAGGCAGAUAAACUUGUGGGACGGAAGAACUUACUGACACGCAACCAAGAGAUUUUGAUUCGAAAAGUAUCCACGCUUUCAGGGAAGACAGAAGAGGUUGUCCUGAAGAAGCUGGAAUAUAUUUAUGCCAAACAAAAAGCAGAAGCACAGAAAAAGAAACCGCCUGGGUCAGAGGAGCCUGUUGUAACCCAGCCUGCUAGCACACAGCAGGAACCACCUCCUGCUGUCCCCAAGGAGCUGCCCCAAGUGGCUAUGACAAAUAGAAGAGGCAAGCCACUGAUACUAGCCAGAAAAGCAGUCCGUGCCACAGAGGACACCACGUCCUGUGUGACGCUGACGGCCGCCAGCCUGGUGAUGACUCCCCAGGGGCAGGUGCUGACCCUGAAGAGCCCGCUGGGGCCGGGGCAGGUGGCAGCUGUGCCCUCCACGCUGCUGCAGGCGGAGCUGAAGCCCCAGGCGCUGGGCUCCACCGUGACAGCCCAGCCAGGUAUUGCUUCUGUGAUGAUUCAGCUGCCAGGAUCAACAGUUCCUGUCCAAGUAAAAGGAAUCCUUACUAACUCUACCAUUCCUAUUACACUGUCAACUGUUGCUGGAAACCCAGCGCCCUCAACAGUAGUACCAGCUACAGGGUCCCAUCCAGAUAAUGAAGAUUCAUUCAUGAUGCCAAAGAUAGUUAAUGUAACGUCACUGGCUACUGAGGGAAGCAUGAGUCUAAACCCAAACAGAAACAAAAGUUCUAAUGUAUCAACGGCUCCAGGCACUCAAGCUUCUGAGAAAUCCUUGGCUGUAGCACCCCUUGAAAAUAGGAAGAAUGAUGACAUCCUUUCAGAAGAAAAACCCAAACUAUGUCCUGGAGACGGUGGUGGAGAUGGAAGAAAUUCUACGGGUCCCACAAAAGUUCCCUUUGAAAAUAAAGAUGGCUUUCCCCAGAUCCGGAACGUCUCGUGUACAAAGGAACCUCCAGAGUCCUUCAGCAAAAAGCUUGGCCUUGGUGAGCUUGUGGGAAGUCAAGCCAGGAGGAAGGACGGCGAUCCCGGAGGGGAGAGAUUAAAAUCUAAAGAGUUCCCGUUCCGCAAGCUGCAGAUCAAAGAUGCCAGGAUAGAGAUGGAGUUAAGGAAAGUGGCGUCCGCCAUGGAGGAGGCGGACCUGGACGCGAGCGAGCUGCUGAGCAGCAUUGAGGACAGUGAUGACACCGAGGAGACCCUCACCUCGCUGCUCAACGAGAUCGCCUUCCUCAACCAGCAGCUGAACGAGGACGCCUCAGCCAUGGCAGAGCUGCCCAGCACCCUCGGCUCCGGCUUCGCUCGUGGGGAGGCGGAAGCUCGUCGCAGAACAGGCAGCGAUCUCGCUGCCCCAGACGGGGCGUCCUUCCAGUUUGGCCACCUGGGAGGUGGUUUUAAGGACCUCGCUGAAGUUUCAGAGGGUGGUGGCUCUAUAAGCCCUCUCCUGGUGCACCUGGAAGAUGAUGACCUUACUGAUGGGGACAAGAACUCUGGGGAGCCUUCAUCUGACGCAGAUGUUUUAAAGAUAGUGAUAGGUGCUGAAAUGAAAGAUCCACUUCCCAAUAUGUCCAAAACUAGCGGUGGGAACGGCAAAAACACAACCACCUUGGCAGAGACCACUAAUGUGACUCCACCAGUUUUACAGAUGAAGACUAAUCCAGAAGCCAGUAAUGCUGACACUUUGUGGAGGCCCAUGCCCAGGCUGGCACCGCUUGGCUUAAAAGUGGCAAGUCUGCCCACGGACUCAGAAGGGCAGAGUAAUAAAGUGAUGCCCUUGCUGGCACCUGUAGUGGUAAAACAGGCAGCCAGUGGGGCAAAAGCUUCUUCCUUACCUGCCACCGCUCAAGAAGGACAGGAGAACAAAGUGAUGCCCACCUUAGCACCUGUGGUUACAAAACUGAGCACCCCUGGGACCUCGCCUUCGAACUCAGCGGGCAAAUAG